UACUCUUGUUCACAGUCACAGAUACAAAAAAAAAAAUCUGCUAAUGUUAACGUAAAGGUUUCUGGAUGUGCCUUAUUCCAAACUACAGCUGACGGAACCAAAGAUGAACUGGGUAUCCUUUUAUGCUGUCAUCAGCGGUGUGAACAGACACUCCACAGGCAUCGGUCGCAUCUGGCUCUCGGUCCUGUUCAUUUUCCGCAUCCUGGUUCUGGUGGUUGCGGCGGAGAGCGUGUGGGGCGAUGAGAAGUCCGGAUUCACGUGCAACACCCAGCAGCCGGGCUGCAACAGUGUCUGCUACGACCACUUCUUCCCCAUCUCCCACAUCCGCCUCUGGGCGCUUCAGCUCAUCCUGGUCUCCACCCCUGCCUUGCUGGUCGCCAUGCAUGUGGCCCACCGCCGCCACGUCGACAAGAGGCUCUACAAACUGUCGGGGCGGUCCAAUCCCAAAGACCUGGAGCAGAUAAAGACCCAGAAGAUGAAAAUCUCAGGGGCUCUGUGGUGGACCUACAUCAUCAGCCUGAUGUUCCGAAUCGUCUUAGAGGUCACCUUUACGUAUCUGUUUUAUAUGAUCUACCCUGGUUACAAGAUGAUCCGGCUGGUGAAGUGCGACUCGUACCCCUGUCCCAACACCGUGGACUGCUUCGUGUCGAGGCCCACAGAGAAGACUGUCUUCACCGUGUUCAUGCUGGCUGUAUCGGGGGUUUGUAUUCUGCUCAACAUUGCAGAGGUGAUCUUCUUAGUCUGGAAGGCCUGCAGUAAGCAUCUGCACGCAGCUGGAGACUUGACUGUGCGAGCUUGGAUCCAACGAAAGCUCUGCUCUUACUAACAAAACACACAGAUUUCAUAUUGCACAAAACAUAUAUGUGACCUUGGAUCCAUGCGACAGCCGUUGAUUUAACUUGUGAGUAAGGUGCAUAUAAUACACUGUAUAUUGCAGUUUGACAUGGGAUGGUUUAUCCAGUGGUUUAUAAUGUCAGUGGCAACGCAUUACAUGCCAAAGUGGGGAAGGUAUUGUUCAAACAACACGUGUUCUCACCAGUCUGGAAAUAAUACUUUGAAGAAUUCGCACAGGAACUAAAGUUUACAUAUUCUGUCAUGAACCUAAAGACUGUAUACAGCAGCUCUUUGUACUGACACGAUAUAAUUGCUUUUUAUUGAAGCCAGUAGCGAUCAAUUAAGUAACAUGUUUUAAAGAAAUAUGCCAACUGUCUUGAA